AUGAACAUUGAAGGGGUCGUCGGGUUGGCUCGUGCACGUGGGGCUAGACUGUGUGCAGCCUUUCGCGAAUUUGAUACGCAACGGACUGGGGUCAUCAACCGAACAUACCUGGAGGCGCUCAUUCACCUGUCGUUGGCACGGGAGUUGAACGUGGCCGAAAGUCAGCAGUUGGGGCGAUUCCUGGACAAAGUGACGGACAAGCGUGAAAACGUCGAAUACGAUACAUUCGUCCAAUGGUUGUAUGCGCCCGACUCGAAGUUGUCCGAGUUGGUGCUGUCUCGUGCCAGUCCCCACAAGGGUGGUAUUCCUGCAGAUCCGCGGCCUUUGAGUGGGCGAACUUUAGCGCGAAUUGUUCGUCACAAGGCGGGUGUGCGGUCUGGGCGGAGUCGUGACAGCUCCCGAGAUGGCAAGGUGCGUGGUUGCAGCCCAACUGAUCCUCGCCGAGGCGCUAUGGACCCGCCCCGAGUCGAGUCGGCUUGGCCAAGCAUGGGGAUUGCACAUCUGAGCGCCUGGGCGGAGAAGGGUGUAGUUUCCUCGCAGCAUGCUCCUCGAGACCCUGGCCCACCUCAAAGCAAGAUGCAGCCCCGACACAACUUCCCUCGGGCACGAACCAGAUCUUCCCAAGGGUAUCGAAACUGCGCCUGGACGCCCGGGAACAGACCCGGGAAGGCAUCCACCCCGGCCACUGAAGCACCAUCGGUUGAAUCUGGCGGCUACCCCGGCAGUGGAGGGGUCAGUCCGGAGGAGCCUUGGGUCAGAACAGCCACACCGCUGCUGCCGAAUUUGCCUGAUGGUUCUCGACCGCGAGGCCUGUCACAGGGCUGGAAGAGUCGUCAUCUCGACAUUUCUUCGCCGGAAGGCCAGCGAAUGGAACAGCAGAGGCAAGAGCUGAUCCAGGAGAACAUGCGUCAGCAAGAGCUGCAGGAGUACCAUUACCGCUGCCAGAAGCUAGAGAGGGAACACGCUGCAACGACAGCAGAUGCUUGGACGGUACAGGUGUCAUCGCAAGCUCCGCGACAACGGCAUCCAUCACCGCCAUCCGCAGAGGUUAUCGGGGCCAAGGAAGAGUAUUCUCAUCGGUCGAGUGUGGACGAGCGCUACGAGCAGCAGUUGCAGCAGGAGCUUGCACGACAACAGCAGCUUGAGCUGGAACUUCGGGGCGAUUCCGCAGCCUCCAUUUCUUGGCUGAACCAGCAGAAGACUCAGAGGCUCCAAGAGGAGGAGCAUCUUCGGCAGCAACACCGAGAUCAGGUACGUUCCCAGCAGGAGCAGGCAGAGCUCGCUCUGCAGCGGAGGCAGCAGGAUGCAGAGGCCUUGCGUCAGCGGCAGCGAUUUAGCCAGGAGGUCCUCCGGCAACAGCAAAGAGAACGACCUAUCAUGCAAGACGUAUCUCCUGCGCUGACCGUCGACCGUGCCACCUCCCCGCGGCCUCUCGCACCUCUGUCACCUGUCGCCUUGCAGCAAUUGCCCGCUCGAGUCCUUUGCGGUGUGGAGGAGCUCCCUUACGGGGCAAAUCCGCAGGAGGCAGAAGGCCCACCCAGUGACGAGGAGGUAUGUGGAGGGAAGCCCGAACAUGUUGAGUUCGUCACCUUCCAGGAGUUCCCGCCCCGGCCGCCCGAGGCACCCCGCAGGCCCUUGCGCCGAGUGCUCCACGAGCCCAGGGAUCUUCAGGUGGAACGGCAACAGGCGGCUCCGCCUUUCGGCGACGAGGACACUGCGGAGCAUCAUGCAGUAGAAGUCUGGCACCACCAGUUGCGAGCGCGCCAGGCAGAGAUGGCAGAGGAGGAGGCGCGACAGCGCAAAGAGGAGGAGCAGUGCAGAGAGGCAGAAGCACGGCAACGAGAGGAGGAGCAGCGGAAGUGGGAUCUUGCUUGUGCAGAGAAAGAGGAGGAGAGCCGGCACGUAGCGGAGGAGCAGCGCAGAGAAGAGGAGCGAUGGCGACAAGAGCAAAGCAACGCGGAACAGAGUUCACGACUGGCCAUGGAAGAGUGGAUGCAACAUGUGCAAGCAGACGAAGCACAGCAGCGGAUGAAGGAGCAGCUCAAAAGGGUGGAGGAAGAACGAGAAGCAGACGAGAUUGCACGUCUGGCUGUGGAGGAGCAGCGGCAGCGGGAUCUUGCCCAGGCAGAGAAAGAGGAGGAGAGCCGGCGCGUAGCGGAGGAGCAGCGCAGAGAAGAGGAGCGACGCCGACAAGAGCAAGAGCAAAGAGAAGCAGAAGAGAGUUCACGACUGGCCGUGGAAGAGUGGUUGCAACAUGCGCACGCAGAAGAAGCCCAGCAGCGGCUGGAGGCAGAGAAAGAGGAGGAGAGCCGGCGCGUAGCGGAGGACCAGCGCAGAGAAGAGGAGCGACGCCGACAAGAGCAAGAGCAAAGAGAAGCCGAAGAGAGUUCACGACUGGCCGUGGAAGAGUGGUUGCAACAUGCGCAAGCAGAAGAAGCCCAGCGGCGGAUGGAGGAGCAGCGGAAGCGGGAUGUUGCCCAGGCAGAGAAAGAGGAGGAGAGCCGGUGCGUAGCGGAGGAGCAGCGCAGAGAAGAGCGACGCGGACAAGAGCAAGAGCAAAGAGAAGCGGAAGAGAGUUCACGACUGGCCGUGGAAGAGUGGUUGCAACAUGCGCAAGCAGAAGAAGCCCAGCAGCGGAUGGAGGAGCAGCGGCAGCGGGAUCUUGCCCAGGCAGAGAAAGAGGAGGAGAGCCGGCGGGUAGCGGAGGAGCAGCGCAGAGAAGAGGAGCGACGCCGACAAGAGCAAGAGCAAAGAGAAGGAGAAGAGAGUUCACGACUGGCCGUGGAAGAGUGGUUGCAACAUGCGCAAGUAGAAGAAGCCCAGCAGCGGAUGGAGGAGCAGCGGCAGCGGGAUCUUGCCCAGGCAGAGAAAGAGGAGGAGAGCCGGCGGGUAGCGGAGGAGCAGCGCAGAGAAGAGGAGCGACGCCGACAAGAGCAAGAGCAAAGAGAAGGAGAAGAGAGUUCACGACUGGCCGUGGAAGAGUGGUUGCAACAUGCGCAAGCAGAAGAAGCCCAGCGUCGGAUGGAGGCAGAGAAAGAGGAGGAGAGCCGGCGCGUAGCGGAGGAGCAGCUCAGAGAAGAGGGGCGACGCCGACAAGAGCAAGAGCAAAGAAAAGCAGCAGAGAGUUCACGACUGGCCGUGGAAGACUGGUUGCAACAUGCGCAGGCACAGGAGAGACAGCGCAAGGCAGAGGAGCAGCGCAGAGAAGAGGAGCGACUGCGACAAGAGCAGGAGCAAAGAGAAGCUGAAGAGCUCGCACGGAUGGCCGUUGAAGAACGGCUGCAUCGCGAACGUGUGCAGGAGGAGCUGAAAAGAGAAGAGGAACGCCGAGAAGCGGAAGAGAGCACCCGAAUGGCUGCCGAGGAGCAGCGGCAGAAAGAGCUUUCUCAGGCACAGAAAGAGGAGGAGGAGGAGGAGGAGGAGAGACAGCGCAAGGCGGAGGAGCAGCGCAGAGAAGAGGAGCGACUGCGACAAGAGCAGGAGCAAAGAGAAGCUGAAGAGCUCGCACGGAUGGCCGCGGAAGAACGGCUGCAACGCGAACGUGUGCAGGCAGAAGAAGCGCGGCGACGGAUGGAGGAGGAGCUGAAAAGAGAGGAGGAAUGCCGAGAAGCGGAAGAGAGCACCCGGAUGGCUGCCGAGGAGCAGCGGCAACAAGAGCUUUCUCAGGCACAGGGAGAGGAGGAGGAGAGACAGCGCAAGGCAGAGGAGCAGCGCAGAGAAGAGGAGCGACUGCGACAAGAGCAGGAGCAAAGAGAAGUUGAAGAGCUCGCACGGAUGGCCGCGGAAGAACGGCUGCAACGCGAACGUGUGCAGGCAGAAGAAGCGCGGCGACGGAUGGAGGAGGAGCUGAAAAGAGAGGAGGAACGCCGAGAAGCGGAAGAGAGCACCCGGAUGGCUGCCGAGGAGCAGCGGCAACAAGAGCUUUCUCAGGCACAGAGAGAGGAGGAGGAGAGACAGUGCAAGGCAGAGGAGCAGCGCAGAGAAGAGGAGCGACUGCGACAAGAGCAGGAGCAAAGAGAAGCUGAAGAGCUCGCACGGAUGGCCGCGGAAGAACGGCUGCAACGCGAACGUGUGCAGGCAGAAGAAGCGCGACGCCUGGAGGAGGAGCUGAAAAGAGAAGAGGAACGCCGAGAAGCGGAAGAGAGCACCCGGAUGGCUGCCGAGGAGCAGCGGCAGAAAGAGCUUUCUCAGGCGCAGGAAGAGGAGGAGGAGAGACAGCGCAAGGCGGAGGAGCAGCGCAGAGAAGAGGAGGAGCAGCAGAGAGAAGCUGAAGAGAUUGCACGGAUGGUGGCGGAAGAGCAGCUGCAACGCGAACGCGUCCAGGUAGAAGAAGCACGGCGAGGGAUGGAGGACUUGAAAAGAGAAGAGGAAAGACGAGAAGCGGAAGAGAGCACUCGGAUGGCUGCCGAGGAGCAGCGGCAGAAAGACGUUUGUGAGGCGGCGUUGCAGACGGCAAGCCACGGACGCUGCGAUCAGGCAGGACCGGGUGACCCGCCGGGUGAUUCGGCAGGAGCACACUGGAGGGCCGUCAGGUCGUAUGUGGCCGACCAAGUUACGGUCAGAGAGACGGCUGCGCUGGAGAUGGACCUUAUUGACCACAGGCAGAAGCUCCAGGAGACUGUGGCACGCUUCGAGCAUUCAGCAGCCAGUGAAGACACGGACGAGAGCACUAUGUUGCACAAGGCCUGCCGGAGUGGAGAUGCUGCUGCUACCGCAGCCAUCCUCGCCCUCACAAGCGGGGCAGGACAGAUGUCUCGUGACGGUCAGGGCUUGUUGCCAGCGGACCUGGCUAUUCUGCACGGCCAUCGUGCAGCAGCGGCGGCGGCCCUCCGUGGCAUGCCGCUCGCGGAGCUGAACACUUUGUCCCUGCUGCUGCUGCCGCUGUUGCUCCCGACGGGUGCACUUGCCCCACCGGAGCAGGCCUCCCUGGAAGCGGGGCUCCGAGCUGCAUCCGCCACCGGCCGCGAGGCAGCUGUUGGGCUCCUUCUGGAGUCUCGCGCUUCGGUGAACGCGGCCCAGGACGAUGGUGCUACUGCCUUGUUGCUCGCCUGCCGCCCUGGCCACCGCGAUGUGCUGACAGCCCUUCUUGCGGCCCGCGCAGACACCAACAGGGUGGCAGCCAGUGGGCGCGCUCCCCUGCAUGCCGCUGCGGAGACAGGCAGACCUGAGAUGGUCAGGCUGCUGCUGCAAAGUCGGGCAAACGCAGAGGCUUUGACGACGAAGAGCACGAGCAGCCCGCUUGCGUUGGCAGCACGUGCGGGGCAUUUAGAUUGUGUGCAGGAGCUCCUUGCAGCCCGUGCAGACCCGGCUGGUGCCCACAGGGUGCAGGGCUCGCCCGCCUGGCCACCACUUCUGGCGGCUGCGCAGCACGGCAGGGACGACGUGGUUGCACUGCUGCUGGAUGCAAGAGCUUCCCCGAGCAUGCCGUCCUCAUCCCCGCUGCACGAAGCUGCUCGGCGUGGCCAUGCGCAGACAGCCCGACUCCUGCUGUCACGUGGUGCCGAGUUAGAGGCACGCAACGACCAGGGCGCUACGGCUUUGCACCUUGCUGCGCAGCAGGGUCGAUCAGAGGUGGUGCAGCUUCUGCUGGACCGCGGGGCAUCUUUAGGCGCUUCUACGAGUGCUGGGGCCGUGGCCCUCCAUGCUGCAGUUCAACUCCAACACCUUGAAGUCGCCCGGCUGCUGCUCGAUGCCCGAGCCGACCCGGAGCAAGCAGUGGCCAGUGACGGCAGUGAUGGCGGCGGCUGCCGUUGCCUGCAUCUGGCAGCCCAGCAGGGCUUUUACGACUGCAUCCAGCUUCUGGUGUCUGCCCGUGCCAACCCGAGCGCAGAGAUGCGUGGAGGUUUUACUCCUUUGGCGCUGGCAGCGCGCUCUGGGCAUGCUGAGUGCUGUCGAUUGCUUCUGGACCUUUCCAGAGCACAAGGUGAACUGAAGGCUGUGGAUGCCACAACCGGCACGGGCUGGACACCACUGCUGCUGGCGGCGAAGGCCGGGCAUGUGGCGGCCGUGAGGCAACUCUUGGACUCUGGAGCCUCCGUGAAUCUCCCGAGCCGUCGCGGCCGCACUCCGCUGAUGGUGGCAGUGGAGGCCUGCCAGGUCGAAGUGGCCGAGGUCCUGCUUCAGUUCGGGGCAGCCCUGUCGCCGACGCUGCCCGGCGGCUGGACUGUUUUGCACCUGGCCUGCCAUGUUCCUGGCAAUCAGACGACCAUUCAGCAACUUCUGCGUGCCCGCGCAGAUGCCAAUGCGUUGACAGAGGAGGGGUGGGCACCGCUGCAUCUCGCCGUGCAAAGCCGGGACGAGUCCAACGUGCGGACGUUGCUUGCGGCAGAGCCGCCUCUUGCAGUUCUGGGAGACGCGCAGGUUCCGCUGUCGCCGCUGCAUGUCGCCGCGGAGGCCGGAUCUGUUGGGAUCGUCCUGUUGCUCCUGCAGCGCAAAGUGGUCCCUGUUGAUGCAGUUGCAGAGCAUGGGAUCACCGCGCUACACCUGGCCGGUGGUGCCAGCCAGUCGGAAGGACUGGCUGGAAAUUCGACAGAUCCGGCAGCAGCGGCGGCUGUGGCAGAGGUAUUGCUGAACCACGGAGCCACUGUGGAUGCCGCCAUGGAGGGGGGUGUCACACCAUUGAUGGUGGCAGCUCGGGUUGGGCGAGAGGGCGUCGUCCGUGUGCUCUUGUCCAGCGGUGCGGAUGCUUUGCGAAGGCUUCCCAGCGGCUGGUGCAGCUUCCUAUUGGCGGUGCGGAAUGGCCACGCUGGCAUCGUGAAGCUCCUCGUCCGUCCGGAACUUCUCGAGGUCAAGACUCCCGCCGGUCGCACGGCCCUGCAGUGUGCGAAGAAGUACGGACACAGUGAAACUGCGGCCGUGCUUCAAGACGCUAUGGCUGAUCUGAAUGUACGCCCUGUCGGCUAG